ACAGGCAGAUAACCGGGCGAAAUCCCUGCGAGGCCGCCUGGAGUGCGCGGUCCCUCGGCCUCACUCCCGCGGCCCAACCAUGCGUCUGCCCCGCCACCUCCUGCUGGCCUUGCUCCUGGCAGGGCCCCCAGGCCGGGCCUGGGUCCCCAACGACUGCAGGGCCCCCAGCGAGGCCGCAUGCAACUUCGUGUGUGACUGCCCAGACUGCUCCGACGAGGCCCAGUGCGGUUACCACGGGGUCUCGCCCGCCCCGGGCGCCCCCUUUGCCUGUGACUUCGAGCGAGACUCCUGCGGCUGGCGGGACAUCAGCACCUCAGGCUACAGGUGGCUGCGAGACCGGGCAGGAGCCACACUGGAGCCUCUGGGGCCGCGCUCAGACCACACUCUCGGCACAGACCUCGGCUGGUACACGGCUGUUGGCACGCACCGCGGGAAAGAGGCGUCCACGGCAGCCCUGCGCUCCCCUGUCCUGCACGACGCCGCCCCCACCUGUGAGCUGAGGCUCUGGCACCACACGGCCACCGGAGAUGUGGCUGAGCUGCGGCUAGAGCUGACCCACAGGGCCGAGACGCUGACCCUGUGGCAGAGCUCUGGGCCCUGGGGCCCAGGCUGGCAGGAGCUGGUGGUGGCCACUGGCCGCAUCCGGGGAGACUUCUGGGUGACCUUCUCUGCCACCCGAAAUGCCACCCACAGGGGCACCGUGGCCUUGGACGACGUGGUCUUCCGGGGCUGUGGGCUGCCCACCCCCCAGGCACGCUGCCCCCUGGGGUACCACCACUGUGGGAACAUGGCCUGCGUGGAGCCCCACCAGCUGUGCGACGGAGAGGACAACUGUGGGGACGGCUCAGAUGAGGACACGCCCGCCUGCCGUGAGCCAGAGGGGCUGCUGGGGGUUACCAGGGAGCGUGCCGGAGCGGGACAGGCGGGGUACGGGCCCUGCCGGCAGCCUGACCCUGCUUCCCCCACAGGCCGCCACACGGCCACCGACUUCGAGACGGGCCUGGGCCCGUGGAACCACUCGGAGGGCUGGGCCCGGAACCACAGCGCCGGCCCCAGGCCACCAGCCUGGCCGCGCCGGGACCACAGCCGCAAUAGCGCGCAGGGUGAGGCCCACGGGGGACCGCCGGGGAGCGCCCACCGGGGCCCCGCCCGGCCACCCCGGCCCACGUCUGGUGUCUCCCCAGGCUCCUUCCUGGUCUCCGUGGCCGAGCCCAGCGCCCCCGCUGUCCUCUCCAGCCCCGAGUUCCAAGCCUCAGGCCCCCACAACUGCUCGCUUAUCUUCUACCACUACCUGCACGGGUCUGAGGGUGGCUGCCUCCAGCUGUUCCUGCAGAUUCAGAGCCCAGGCUCCCCUCAGGGCCCCGUCCUGCUGCGCAGGCGCCACGGGGAGCUGGGGGCCGCCUGGGUCCGAGACCGGGUCGACAUCCAGAGCGAGCACCCCUUCCGGAUUCUGCUCACUGGGCACACAGGCCCAGGCGGUGUCGUGAGUUUGGAUGACCUCAUCCUGUCGGACCACUGCCAGCCAGUCCCAGAGGCGUCUGGAUCACCUCCUGGGCUCUGGGCCGCAGCCCCCUGGCGCCAGCCGUCCAGCCUGCGGCCCCGGGACUUCUGCGAGCCGGGACAUCUUUCCUGCGGGGACCUGUGCGUCCCCCCAGAGCAGCUCUGUGACUUCCAGCAACAGUGCGAGGGGGGCGAGGAUGAGCAGGACUGUGGCACCACGGACUUCGAGCCCCUCACAGGGGGGGGCUGGGAGGAUGCCAGCGUGGGGCGGCUGCAGUGGGGGCGUCUCCUGGCCCAGGAGAGCCGGGGCCCUGGCGCAGGCGCCCGCAGGACCGCUGCUGGGCACUUCCUGGCCCUGCAGAGGGCCUGGGGACAGCUCGCGGCAGAGGCCCGGGUCCUCACACCUCCCCUGGGUCCCUCGGGCCCCCGCUGUGAGCUCCACAUGGCUUACUAUUUCCAGAGUCACCCCCAAGGCUUCCUGGCCCUGGUCGUGGUGGAGGACAGCAACCGUGAGCUGGUGUGGCAGGCCCCGGGCAGCAGCCAGGGCUGGAGGAUGGACAGAGUCCUUCUUGGGGCACGCCGCCGGCCUUUCCGCGUAAGGAGGGCCGCCUGGGGGGGGGGGGGUCACAGAGCCAGCGCUGACUCGACAGCCCCCUCCCUUGUGCUCCUCACGAAGCUGGAGUUUGUCGGCCUGGUGGACUUGGACGGCCCUGGCCGGCAGGGCGCUGGAGUGGACGAUGUGACCUUGAAGGACUGCAGCCCCGUGACAGCCAUUGAGAAGGACUCAGAGGUCUCCUGUAACUUCGAGCGGGACACGUGCGGCUGGUACACCGGCCACCUCACAGAUGCCCACUGGCGCCGGAUCCAGAGCCACGGCCCCGGGUACGACCACACCACAGGCCGAGCUCAGCCCGGUGUCCCUGCCGCAGGCUACUUCUUGUUCCUGGACCCCACGGACCCCCCAGCCCGGGGCCCUGGUGCCCACCUGCUCACCCAGCCCCAGGUGCCCACAGCUCCUCAGGAGUGCCUCUCCUUCUGGUAUCACCUCCACGGGCCCCAGAUCGGGACACUGCGCCUGGUGCUGAGGCGGGAAGGAGAGGCAGACACGCUCCUGUGGUCGCGGACCGGCACCCACGGCAACCACUGGCACGAGGCCUGGGCCACCCUCCACCACCAGCCGGGCUCUGGCACCAAGUACCAACUGCUGUUCGAGGGCUCCCGGGACGGCUACCACGGCACGAUGGGCCUGGACGACGUGGCCCUGCGGCCCGGGCCCUGCUGGGCCCCCAGGCGGUGCUCCUUUGAGGACUCGGCCUGUGGCUUCUCCAGCGGGGGCCAAGGCCUCUGGACGCGCCAGCCCAAUGCCACGGGCCACGCCGCCUGGGGCCCCCGCGCUGACCACACCACGGGGACGGCUCAAGGGCACUACAUGGUGGUGGACACGAGCCCCCAGGCCCUGCCCCCCGGCCACGUGGCCUCCCUGACCUCAGAGGAGCACCAGCCUCUGGCCCGGCCUGCCUGCCUGACCUUCUGGUACCACCUAAGCCUCAGAAACCCAGGCGCCCUGCAGGUCCACGUGGGGGAGGCCGAGAGGCAGCAGGGGCUCAGCAUCAGUGCCCACGGAGGGUCCGCCUGGCGCCUGGGGAGUGUGGACGUGCAGGCCGAGAGGGCCUGGAGGGUGGUGUUCGAGGCGGUAGCCGCCGGCGUGGAGCACUCCUAUAUCGCGCUGGACGACCUGCUCCUCCAGGACGGGCCCUGCCCUCGGCCAGCUUCCUGUGACUUUGAGGCUGGCCUGUGUGGCUGGAGUCAUCUGGCCUGGCCUGGCCUGGGAGGGUACAGCUGGGACUGGAGCAGUGGGGCCGCACCUUCCCGCUACCCCCAGCCCCUGGUGGAUCACACUCUGGGCACAGAGACAGGACACUUCGUGCUCUUUGAAACCCACAUGCUGGGCCCGGGGGGCCAGGCGGCCUGGCUGCACAGCCAGCCUCUGCCCGCCACCGAGGCCUCCUGCCUCCGCUUCUGGUACCACAUGGGCUUCCCGGAGCACUUCUACAAGGGCCAGCUGCGGGUGCUCCUGAACAGCGCCCGGGGCCAGCUGGCCGUGUGGAGCAUGGGCGGGCGCCUGCGGCACCAGUGGCUGCUGGGCCAGGUGGAGGUGGCCAGCGCAGAGGAGUUCCAGAUCGUGUUUGAAGCCACUCUAAGCGGCCAGCCAGCCAUGGGGCCCAUCGCCCUGGACGACGUCGAGUAUCUGGACGGACGGCACUGCCAGCUGCCUGCACCCGGCCGGGGGGACACGGUAGUGGCCACAUCGGUGCCAGCUGCGGUCGGCGGUGCCCUCGUCGUCCUUGUCCUCCUCGUCCUGCUAGGACUGGCAGGACGACGCUGGCUGCAGAAGGGGGGCUGCCCGUCGCGGGGCGAGACAGCGGCUGUGGCCCCCGGCUUUGACAACAUCGUCUUCAAUGCGGACGGUGUCACCCUGCCGGCCUCGCUCACCGACAGCCAGUAGAUGACACAGAGAAGACUCUGGCUCCUCACAAGAGGGUCGCCCCCUGCCCCCUUCCCCCAAUCCCUGGCAGACAGCCCAAGGAACAACCCCUGCCCCUCCCCUAGGACGCACUGAGCCCCCACGCGGUCACCCAGCACUGAGACUGUCACCCACGUACCUGGGUACGGUCCUCACCCCCAACAAUAAACGCCCUGGCCCCCGAGGGCAGCCCCGA